AUGAGUGUCAACAUGGCUGCUUCAUCUACACGAAACGAUGGUGAUUCAACAACUGUUGAUAAUAAUCGUAAAAUUAUAUUGAAUCGUCUAGCGGAACGUCAUGCACAGAUUAGUGCUGUGAAUAGUCAACGUAAAAAAGAUGCGGGCGAGUCUAUGAGUAGUAGUGGUAGUAGUAUGACAGAAUCAGCCGCAGCCGCAGCGGUAGCAGAUAAGCAUACGGAUUUUUUACAACAAUUUCUACAGUAUAAAGAGGCUGUUAUUAAUGAUUUGGAAAAUACUAUUGAUAAAAUUCAUACGCAUAACUUACAGAUAAGUGAACGUACCCAGGUUUUGGAUGAUAUUUUACUUCGAUUGGAUCAUAUGCAAAAAUGGUUGAAUGAAGUUUCUAUGUAUCUGACUACAUUCGACAAUGAACGUGCUCGUUUAGAGUUGAAGGGUUUAAUCGAUCUCUUUCAUGAGAAAAAGAAAGAACUUUUACCUAGUAAAAAAUUUGGUUUUUCACGUCAACAAAAAACUAACAAACAAGAAAAUAUGCCUAAAACUGAAAACGAAAUGAAAACAACUACCAAUGACCAAGACACAUCUACGAAGACUGCUGCUAACACCACCACCACUACCACCUUCAGUACUCUUGCCGCUGAUGAAUCCUCAAUGUAUGAUCCACGUUACACUUUAACGCAUAUUACUGGUUCUCAACACUGUGUUAUCCCUCGCCCUGAUAAUUCUUCUUCAUCAUCACCAUCGUCAGAAAUAUCAACUAUUAAUCAAUCUGUUUAUUUAGCCGAUCUACUAGAUUGUACAGUUAAAGUAUGCAGUGUAUUUGGUAGUUUAAUCGGUAGACGAUUAAAAAAUUGUAAAAUUUAUUGUUAUCCUAUAGCUGGUUCUGUAUGGCUUGAUGAUUGUAUAAAUUGUGAUCUUGUAUUUGCAUGUCGUCAGUUAAGAGUGCAUAAAACAUUACACUGUCGAUUAGCUUUACAUACAUCUAGUCGUCCGAUUAUUGAAGAUUCUACAGAUUUACACGUUGCACCAUAUCAAUAUACAUAUGAUACACUUGAUAGCGAUUUAUGUACAGCUGGUUUAUCCAAUGAUAAUUGUGAAAGUAAUUUAUGGCGUGAAAUUGAGGAUUUCAGUUGUCCUAAUAGACGAUUAACAAUUGGUUCUUCAAAUUGGUGUAUAUUACCUGAGACUGAAUGGUCUUCAUUACGUCCAAGUUGA